GGAAGCGGGAGAGCGGCCGGGAGCGCGGGGAAGGCGGGGGCGGCGGGGGAAGCGGACAGCGGUGGGCGCACGGCGGAGCGCAGCGCUCGCAGCCCCGACGGCGGAGGCGGCGGAGCCCCGAGGGCGCCGGGACCGGCCUCGCUCCGCACACCCCAGGGAUGGGGCAGGCUGAGGAAGAUGGGGACGACCCCCUUCUCCCUCCCCCUUCCUCCAGGGCUGCUAGGAGCGCAGCAACUCACAAAAGCCUUCCUUUUAAUCCGCGCGUUGGAAGGCGGGGGGGUCCUCCUGUCUCCUCCUUCCUUCCUCCUCCUCCCUCAGCUGUCCCCUCCCCUCCUCUUCCUCUCGCCCUUCCUCUCUCCCUCUCUUUUUAAGCGGGCCCCCUCCGCGCUGAUUGGGCGCCCGGCCGCGCUGUGACCGCCCUGCCGCUAUGUCAGCCUGCCCGCCGCAGCCCCGCGCCUUUGAACUGCCCCGCACCGCCCCGCGUCCCCACCGCCGGCCCGGUGCUGCGCCCGGCGGCUCCCCGCCCGCCUAGUGCCCGCCGGGCCCCGCGGGCCUCCGCUCCGCGCCGCGCCGCUCCGCUCCGCGCCCCGCCCCGGCACGGCUCCCGCCGGGGACGGCCUUGGCGGAGGACCUGUGAUGAUCAGCUGAGCCCGCUCCUGCCGCUCCUCCGGCUCCUCCGGCCUUCUCCCGUCGUUCUUCCUCCUCCUCGUCCUCGUCGUGCCGCCGCCGUCCGGCGCCCCGAGCCCCGCGCCGCGCCCCGCAGAGCCGCCCGCCCGCCCGCCCGCCCGGCCGCAGCAUGUCCAAGCCCAGCGACCACAUCAAGCGCCCCAUGAACGCCUUCAUGGUGUGGUCCCGCGGCCAACGGCGCAAGAUGGCCCAGGAGAACCCCAAAAUGCACAACUCGGAGAUUAGCAAGCGGCUGGGCGCGGAGUGGAAGUUGCUCUCCGAGGCGGAGAAGCGCCCGUACAUCGACGAGGCCAAGCGACUGCGGGCGCAGCACAUGAAGGAGCAUCCCGACUACAAGUACCGGCCCCGGCGCAAGCCCAAGAACCUGCUGAAAAAGGACAGGUAUGUCUUCCCUUUGCCUUACCUCGGGGAAACAGAUCCCUUAAAGGCCGCCGGGCUUCCCGUGGGGGCCACUGACUCGCUGCUGAGCUCCCCGGAGAAGGCCAGGGCUUUCCUGCCUCCCACCUCAGCACCUUACUCCUUACUUGACCCCAGCCAGUUCAGCUCCAGCGCCAUUCAGAAGAUGACUGAGGUUCCUCACACCUUAGCCACCAGCACCCUGCCCUACGCCUCCACCUUGGGAUACCAGAACGGGGCGUUCGGCAGCUUGAGCUGCCCCAGCCAACACACCCACACUCACCCCUCGCCAACUAACCCGGGCUAUGUCGUGCCGUGUAACUGUACCGCUUGGUCGGCUUCCAGUUUGCAACCUCCAGUUGCCUACAUAUUAUUCCCAGGCAUGACCAAGACUGGGAUAGACCCCUAUUCUUCAGCACACGCGACUGCCAUGUAACACCCACCCAGCCGCAGCCCCACGGGCGUGUGUGCGUGCGUGUGCCCCCCGCCCCGGCCGGCGGCUGGAACUGGGAUUCCUCCGUGUGUGCAUGUACAUAAAACCUGCAGCAGCGAAAGGCCACCCGAACCAGGACUCUGCCGCCCGUCGCCGGGCCGGGACAGACGCGGACGCUGCGUCGGAGAUGCUCUCGACUAAAGCUCGCCACGAGAGCUGGCCCCAGGCUCGGGGGGGAUCUGCAAUUGCGGGGGCAGAUAGGAGCCCGGCGCUUGUAAGAGUUGUAAAUGUGUUUAAAAACAGAAAAGAAAAGCGAACCUUGAACUACCCUUUCGGGACAAAGCGGGGAGAAAAUGAGAAAAAGAAAAAAAAAAAAAGAGAGAGAGAGAGAAGCGGUUUCGAUUUUUAUUUAUUCUCUUAAUGUCUAUGAGUUCUCCAGGGUCUCAUGUCACUUGGACUUGACUUUGGGAAGUCCCGGUCUUACUUUGAUUUUAUUUUUUUUCCUCGUUGUUUUCUUUUUGCACAUUGAAAGACGAGAUCAGCUGUGUUAUAUAUAUAUAAAUAUAUAUAUAUUUUGCCACCACGUACUACUAGGUAAAAUUGCUUUUCAUGUCAGAAAAAAAGGCUCUUCAAAGUUAAAAAAGAAAAAAAAAAAGAAAAAAAAAAAAGACGGGGAGAAACAUUUAUAUUUAAAACAUAUGAUAGUGUUUGCUUAAUUUAAAACAGAUAGUCCUUAAAUUUGUGUGAUCCAGUGAGAUUAGAUCUAAGUUUACUUUAGACAGAGCGUCAGGUAUGAAGUCAGGCAGUAGAAUUGUAAAAAAAAAAUACUACUACUACUACUACUAAUAACGAAAAAUCGAAUAAAAACCGAUGGCAAUUUAAAUAUGUUUUCACAAUGUCUUGGGCAAGAAGAAACAGAAACUAAGAUGUAUCCGGCAGGACUUUACCUCGUUAAACCUUUUCAUUUGUCUAACAAAGACGUUUUGAAUAAAGACAAUCUGUCAUCAAACGAGGCAAGUGCGUGGUGUGAGUGCGGGGACGCAGCCCCGCGUCCCGCACCGGGGCCCUGGCAGCGACCCCCGCCCGCAGCCCCCGGCCCUGCCAGCGCCCUCCCCGCGCCCUGCGGGCCGGGCCGGGCCGGGCCGUGCCGUGCCGGGCUCCGCUCGGAGCCCGUCGGGGAAACGCGGCUGCGGGCGGAGAAAACUUGCGAAAAGACGGGACGGAGCGAAGCCGAGGGGCUGCGGGGGGCUGCUCCCCCCCGUCCCACCGCCCGGCCCGUCGGGGAACCGGCUUUCCCCAAGUUUGCCUCGGCGGCGUUGAAGUUUUAGCGGUGCGAGGAAAUAUUGGGAGCGGGAGCGCCGGCGGUGCUGGAAGGGGGCGGUUUGGAAUCGGCUCCUGUGCGGAUCAAUUAGCGGUGUUCGGGGGGCUCUGCCCUCGGCGCACGGAGGGAGUCGGGGGCAGAGACAAGGGCAAGGAGGAAGAGGCAGAGGAUCCGUCUGGAGGGGCUGAAUAGCCGGAGCGCUGCGUGUUUGGAUGUGCUUUGCUCAUUAAGUGCUCUUUGGAGACCGAUGUUAGAAUUAAACGGCGUAACACAAUUAACAUACAUGGGGCUUGAAUGGGAGGGUAAGCGGGGAAAGAAUAGAUAGAUAAAUAAAUGAGAGAUCAGGCGAAGGUAAACAAAAGGGGAGAGGAGAAAAGGGCUGAAAGGAGAGGUUAGAAUGGCUGCUCCAGCCUUGUUUAGCAUGACAAAACGGCUCUUACAAAUGAGGACAAUUAAAGGAGCUGGCUUGGGGAGGGUCUGGGAGCCGCGGGACGAUCCGCUGGGACACGCGGGGCUGGCUGCGGCCGGCGUGGGGCGGCGCGGCGGCGGCGGGCGCUGAUGUAACCCCAGCUGACAGGCGCUGUCAGCCCGGCUGAUAACACCGAUAGCUCAGUGUCCUCCGACAUCCACCCGCAUUAGGCUGACAAUGGUCGGAGGCAGAGCCGGGCGGGGGGAGCGCCGGCCCCGGCCCGCCCGGGCCACGCCGGUGGUGGGGCAGAGCGGGGGCCCCGCGCCCCAGAGCGGUUGGACUUUGGGGACGCCCCGUACCCCUGAGCCCAGAGACCCUCGGGGCAGCUGCGGGGGAGAAGGGGCUCGGUGGGGGCCGGGGCCGCGGGGAAACAUCGGGCAGGGCGGUGAGAGCGGAGCGACAGGGCUGGAAACUUUGGCGGGGAUCUUUCCUUCCUACUUUCCUUCUCUCUUUCACUCACUUCUUUCCCCUUUCCCUUUUCACUCAUUUCCCCCCUUUCCUUCCUUCCUUCGCGCUUUCCUUUUUACCUUAUUUUCUUAUCUUUAUUUAUUAAUUCGACCUCCUUUUCUCCCUCUCACAUUUUCCCCUUCUCUUUCUCACUCUCUCUUUUCCUUUCCCUCUCUCUUUACUCUCCCUCUCUCCCUGCUCCUCAUUCUCUUUUCCUCGCCGUCCCCCUCCCACCCCGCUCUCCCCUCCGCAGCCUCUGCUCGCCGCGUUUCGUUCCCGUUCCCCGCGCCGUGUUAUCCCUCCAACCCUCCCGCCCCGGCUGCAGGUGUGUAGCUAUUUAACUCGUGGAGAUAAAUAAAUUAAAUAAUGAUCUUGACACUGCAAUGAACCGAUUACUGACUUUGAUGUCAAAGGGAAACCAAAAACAGAAAGAGGGAGAGAGAGAGAGAGGGGUGAAAAAAAGCUAUUCCCUCGAGGGGGAAAUGCAGCUCCUUGUCAAACCUGUUUCCCCACAACUGUCUCCUUCUUUCAAUAAAUUCAUUAAACAAAGGCCGCGGGGUUAUGCGCACCACGCCUUGGGUGCGCGGCCGGGCGCUGUCCCGGGCUGGGCUUCGCGGCGGAGCCUCGCCCGCACCCGCGGAACCUCCCGCAGGCAGCGCGGGGCCGGGCGGGGAGCGGAGCACCGCGGCCUCGGCCCGAGUCACUCCCGCCGCCGGGCCCGCUCCCCCCGCAGCCUCGAUUCCUUCUUUUUCUUUUCUUUUCUUUUCUUUUCUUUUCUUUUCUUUUCUUUUCUUUUCUUUUCUUUUCUUUUCUUUUCUUUUCUUUUCUUUUCUUUUCUUUUCUUUUCUUUUCUUUUCUUUUCUUUUCUUUUCUUUUCUUUUCUUUUCUUUUCUUUUCUUUUCUUUUCUUUUCUUUUCUUUUCUUUUCUUUUCUUCUCUUCUCUUCUCUUCUCUUCUCUUCUCUUCUCUUCUCUUCUCUUCUCUUCUCUUCUCUUCUCUUCUC